GAUGAAAAUGAAGCAGAGAGCGAUCGAACAGACGAAAAAAAAAAAUACAAAUCAACUACACAGUUCGUAUAGCAAGUGUUGUUCGUUGUCAUUGAAGGCUGAAUAUAGUCUCCAUGCGCUCGUAGUUGCUCAUAGUUUGUGGAUUAUAUUGUUUCUUGCUGUUGCUGCUGCUGCUGCUUUUGCUGCUAAUGUGUGUAAUUUGAACUCUCUCAAGUUUAUUGAUCGCAUUAUUUGUGCGAUUGCCAUGGACGCUAUGGGUAAUAUGUAUACAAUGUUCGAUGAAAAUGCGAAAGAAACUCUGAAAAUUCGGCAUAGAAUAUCUGUCAAUCCAUUGAAUUGUGGGAUAAACUUUGAGCCAUUAUUCACGACUAAAAUUUCAAUCGUAUCGACGCAAAUCGGGCUUGCUUCAUUUUUUUGUUCAAAUCAAAUGAACUAUCACCAGGUUCUGCUCCCAGCAUAUUUUUUCCCGAGCCUACAAUUUGAAUAAUUAUUAACUAUGCUCGUGUUUGCCCCAUUUCGUUGUGGUAAUCGUAGCCAUCGUCGUGAAAAGGGUCACGGUGGCGUUACUAUUUCUUCGUUUCAAAUCAAAACAAAAUGAAACAAAAUAAACGUUUCUUUUCGUUGCUGCUGUUGUUGUUUUCGUCGGUUGUUCGUUCGUUUGCUCGCUCAUUUGCUCGCUCGUUCGCCUGAUGCGACGAAGCGAAACAAGACAACGACUCAGUUCAAUUAAAACUAUCGUUCAAUACGACGAUGUUGAAUAGAGCAGCAAAUGAAACUUCCAAUUUCGAAGCCAUAGCAUUUUGAACGGAAAUUUUCCUUUCGCUAUUACGUUAUAUUGUGCGCUGUUUCUGCUGCUGCUGCUGCUGGUUUAGCGUGAUAAAUGGUCUUUCGUGUAAUCAUCGCAUGCAGAUGUGGUGGUGUGUAGUCGCUUUUGUUUUCUUUUUUUUACCAACAUUAAUGGCUAAUCGGUGUAUGAUUCGAUUUUCCUACACCUACAAACGCUGCUAGCUUUUCUUGGCUUGAUAAAUCGCCGUUUCGACGGCGACAGCGACAGCGACGACGACGACCAUGACGACGACGGCAACGGUGACGGGAGAGUGCUUUACUUGCUUGCGUCGGUGUGUUCGUGACGGUAGAGUGAAAUUUGUGUUUGGUAACCACUGUUCACACAUAGCUGCUCAUUGCAAUAAGUCAAGCAAGCAAGCACACGAAAGGAGGAAACACUUAAACGUAGGCUAUUCACCACUUUCGGUGGAAAUUUUGCUGCGAACGCGCUUCUCAACCAUUCCAUACCGAAUACUGUGUACUGUACUUUAUCUCCUGCUCACUCACUCACUCACUCACACUCUCCCUGUGCGAUAGUGAGUGCAAAGCGAAACGAAACGCGGAGCAAAGCAACGCUCAAGCUAUCAGCAGCAGCAGCAGCAGUAGCAGUAGCAAUAGCAACACUAGCACAGAAAACAAGACAAUUUUCACUCAUUUGGCAACAGAUUUUUCCGUGACGCAUAAGUAGGAAAAUCGGUUCGGGUGCGAGUGAAAUGCUCAUUCCCGAACAUGCGACAACAGUGAAAAUGGUGUUUGCUGAAAGAUGGUGUUUUUGUUGACGAUAGCAUUUUCAGUUUGUUUUAUUUGGGAUUUCUGUUAUACGUUAUUCGUUUUGGUUUUGUGCGUCGAAAAUUGGAUUCAAUUAUAUAUUCCAUCGUAUUCCAUAAGUCAUUUGCGUGUUGUCUGUGCGAUUAAAUGAAAGUGUCUGUGAAAAUACCAAAAAGGAAGCAUACACUCAAAGUUAGAGAGACGGAGAGUCCCCCGAAAACAAGGCAAAAAACGGUGUACAUUUUCCUCAUUUAAUCACGCGUCGCAUCGAUUCGAGAGCCAAGCGAGAGCAGCAGCAGCAGCAGCAGCAGCACUGCUUACGAAAAAAAGGUUGUUUGUAUGGCAAAACAGCAAGAGAAAAACUUUAUCAAUUUAAAAUCAACGUCGAAGCAGACGUUGAAAACGUUCAUCUAAUUAUAUUGUGCGCGGAGCUCAUUUAAAUUGCAGCUAAUCAAAUAUCGAAAUCUGGUUAAAUGAUUUACUUUUGUAAUUAAUGUACACGCCUUUGAUUUGUGUUUGUGCUUGUGCUGAGUUUGUUUUUUUUCACGAUUCGUUUGAUGUGUUUCAUCCGUGAACGGGCGAACAAACAGAACUUGCCCUUUCACUAAUUAGGCUUCAAUCAGUGUGUGCUUGUUUGCGAAGCUUUCAUUCAAACGCUCUGUCGGUCGCUCGUUUGCUCGCUCUCUCCCACUCUAUACCAGAAGUGAGUGAAUAAAGCAACGGACGAAACAUGAAUAUGGAUUGUGACAUAAAGUUUGCUGCACAUUGUUUGCUGGCGAUGUCAGCCGGUGGUGCCAAUUUCAAUUCAACAUUCACAAUGAAGCCGCUCGAUUUGAGCGGUUGUCAAGCCAGUAGCAAACAAUCAGACGCCGACAAACAAUCGUCGUCGUCGCUUAAAACCGAAGAUGAAUUUGAUGACGAUGAUGAGAAUAGUUAUGAUUUUUUGCAACGUAAUCACCAUCAUCAUCAUCAUAUGGAAACAGUGUUGAUGAAUCAUCGCCACCAUCACCACCAUUCGGACGAAAUAACAAAUAAUAAUGUGGCAUGGAUUAAAACCGACCCCGGUAUUAAACUCAAUUCAAAUGCCAUCAAUCAGGCGACAACAACAACAAAUGGGCACAAUUUGGUUGAAAAUCAUAAGAAUUAUAAUAAAAUAUCAGUAGAUGUUAGCGCGAUUUUCAAUAACAAUAGUACAAAAUUCAAUAAUAAUAAUAAUACGAUGAGUGCGACGGCGGGAUCAGCAGCAGCAGUGACGACGACAAAAAAAUUGACGAGGAAACCGGCUCGAUCACCGAAGAAGCCAAGGACAACAAAACCAACUUCAUUAGCUACUAAGAAACCAACGACGACGACGACGAAGACAUCCAAUGAAAUGCGUCGCAAAUCCAAGGAAAAGACAAUACACGAGAGAUCGACGACAACGUCGUCAUCGUCAUUGGAUGCUCUGCCAAUUGUAAAGAAAAAGAAACGAAAGAAGCGGCUAAAUGUCGUCGUUGUCACCGCCACCACCACCAACAACGUCGUCGAACCGGUGCAAACAUCAAACAACAGUGAUACUGGAAGCCCAACAAAUUUUAUCGGAUCUCCGAUUGCAACCCACCCGCAAUACGUAAGCAGCUUUUCCGAGGACAAUCGAACUGCCGCAAGUGAUAAUAGUAAAGUAUCAGUGCCGAACAAUAAUCGUAAGACGCACAAAUGUUCGUAUGUUGGUUGCAACAAAGUCUAUGGCAAAAGUUCACAUUUAAAAGCUCACCUGCGCACCCACACUGGGGAAAAGCCGUUUCCAUGUACAUGGGAAAAUUUUCACAUGGGUGAAAAGUCAGCUUGUGGAAAGCGAUUUGCCCGUUCAGACGAACUGGCACGGCACACACGAACACACACAGGUGAGAAGAACUUUUGCUGUCCCAUUUGCUCGAAGAAAUUCAUGCGUAGUGAUCAUUUGAGUAAGCACGCAAGACGCCAUCCGAAUUUCGAUUUGAACACGCUACGACAACGCAGACCGUCCUCUCUGGCAACGUCGUCAUCAUCAUCAUCAUCGUCGUCGUCGUCGUCGUCGUCGUUGUCGACGGCAUCACGUUUGGUCAAAGAGCAUUCGAUCAAUUCAAGUGAAUGUGCUUCAGACUCGACAUCAUCCGAAUCCAUUCACGGCAUCUAAGUGCAGUGCGCGCUGUAAAUAAAUGGCAAAUGGUCAAACAUUUUAUCUGAAUUAAUAAUAAUAAUAGUAAUAUUUAAAAAGAAAAAAAAACAAGCUUUGUGUUAGGCAACUUUCGCGAUCUACUUCUAUCAUCGCUUUUAUAUGUAGAACCAAUGGGAUAUAUAUACACAUAUAUACUUAUAUAUACAUAUAUGUAUGAAAAACAGAAGAAAAAAAAACCGAACUUUUAAUGGAACACUUACAAUUUAAUGGAUAGAAGGAAACGAAAAAGAGAACGAAACAAGGAAGAAAGAUAAUGAACAAAGAGAGAAACCGUUUUGAAAUGAUUGCUUCGAUGAUGCAGAUUGUGCGGAACUCGAAUCAUUUGGAAAAUUUAGAGAAAAAAAAAACACAAAAUGAAUAAAUAAAUAACAAAUGUGAUCUUGUGAAAAUAUUUUCAUGGAACUUACCAGGAUUUUCGACUUUUUAAUGACUUGAGAUUAGUUUUUGUGCGCAUUCUGGCUCAUAUUGUAGCUGAAUUAUCUUUAUGUACUGAACAAAAAAAAAAAACAAAAAAAAGUAAAAAAAAAACAAACACAGGUGAAAAAAUAAUACGCAAAUGUUGAAUAAUAACAAAAACGAAGCGUGCGUGCUAGCGCUGGCCACCGAGCUCUUGCUCUCCCAAAGCUAUUCAAUCUGCUCUAUAUCUAGUUGAAAUUGAUUGCAACGAUGAUGAUUGAACCGAAUUAGACGAUUUGUGAAGUGUGUAUAAAUAUAUUUUUCUCCUGUUUACGCAAGAAACCACAACAACAAAAAAUACAAAACAUUUGAGGAUCAAUAACGUGCAAGCCACGGGAUUUGCAUCUUGAAAGCAACCAAAAAAAUCGAAUGAAUGCCUGACAAAACGUGUUUCCGUCAAAUCAUUUGAUCUAUAUAUAUGGAGAGGGAAAAGAAAUCGUAAAAUUCAUAAGCUUCCAAUGGAAAAAAAAGAAGAAAAAACCUUUCGCUUCACAAAUAUUUGUAACCACAUGUGACAAAUUGUUCACAUUUACAUGCUUGACAAAUAUGAUUUCAAUCCAAUUUUGCUAAAAAAAAAAAUCAAUUAUUUCUGUUUGUGAAAAGCGCCAAUAAGACGCGGCGUCAACAUUUCUCCUAAAUCUAAAAACCAAAAAAAAAAAACAAAUCGAGUGGAACAAAAAAAUGAAGCAGAUAAUAAGAUUCUAAAAAAGUGAUUUUUCAAGUUUUGAACAUUUUGUGUGUGCAUUACAAUACCUUACUCUCACACUAUAAGUGUGUGUGCAUUGUGCAAUUGAACAAAAAAAAACGCAUUUUCGAUUUAAUUUCAUAGCUAUGCACGAAAGAAAAAGAAAAAUUAGAGACAAAAAAAACUCAAUCUUCAUUUAUAAAAAGAUAGAAGAGGAAUAAAAACACAUUGGGAAUGCAUUAUGGCAUUUCAUAAACAUGACAAUAUUCGAAUCUGAAAGGGCAUACAAAUUAAAUUAUAUAGAUGAAAAUAUACAAUUUGAAAUACAUUUAGCGGAAUCUAAACUCUAUUUAAGGAAUAUUUCUGAAUGGACCGAAAAACAACCACACAAACACAUUAGUUUUUAACGAAUAGAGGAAAAACCCAUUGAAAUGCAGUAUAGUCAAGGCUUAUAUUGAGCAGCCGCUUUGAAGUACUGAACAUUUGAUUGAGAUGUAGUUGGUAGAGUAUUUCUUCAUUGACGUAGAAAUUGCUAAAUAUGUAGCUGAAUAGUGAAAAAAAAACAAACAAUACAAACACAAAUGGAUUUAUUUAUCGACAAUUGGAUGAAAAAUGCGAUUUUAUUGAACUAUUUUUAAUGUUUAGUGAAAAAAAACAACAACUGACCAGUGUUGUUAGUGAGAGACAAAACUAAAAAGAAAAAACAAGUAAAAACAAGUAUAGAAUCAUUAUUUCUGAGAAUUACUUAUAUCAAUACCUAUUAAAUUAUUAUGAUUAUUAUUAUACAAUAUUAUUACAAUGAAUGAAUGUAUAAUAAAAUUAGACAAAUUCAAUCUAAAGACAAGACACGAUUGUGUAAUCGAUAAUGAAGAAGACGAAGAGAACAACACAUGUAUUAAGCUGCUCUGAAGUUGUCAGUUGCGCAAUCCGAUCCGUUAGAGGAUAUUUACAAUUCUAAAAUAAUAAAAAAAAACACACACAAAAAAUUAUAGAUAAAUUUGCCUUAGUAUAUUUUGUGUGGCGUUGUUGAAGAUACAAAGAGGAGGAAAAAAAAUUGAAAACUCAACGCCUAAUCAUAAAGCUAAUGACAAUUUCGAGAAUCUAUUUGAAAACCACAACAACAACAACAAAAAAAACGAAAAAUUUGCCUCCGAUCAAGACUUAUCACACUGAGUGCACUGUGUGCAGCAGAUAUUUCUUUGUUUCAACACAACUGGUCUAUAUGCAGCCUAUUUCACCAAAUGUUUUCAUGAUGUGAUCUCACAUUUUUGUGAAAAAAUCUCGAAAUUUCAAGUUGGCGCUCAAAAUAAUGUCGAAAAAAUGAGAAUAUUUUCACGUUUUUAUUGAGAUUUUCCCAUUGCUACAUUUAGAUAUAUUUGUUUGACCAAAAAAACUUGAGAAGAAAAUCUCAUGAAAAUUUUUCAUGAAAACAUUUGGUGAAAUAGGCUAAUGGACAGUCAAUACACUAAAGUGAAAGAAAAACUGUCAUAUAUACAUGCAUAAAUAUAUAUAUUUUCAUUUGCAACUGUUAAAUUAGCGCCGGUCUGCAUGAUAAAUUUUUCGAUUGUGUCUUUUAGGAAUCAGAGUUAUUUGUCGCUAAAAAUGACCAAUAUUGAGUGUUUGUUUGAGAGGAAAAACCGAAAUUUUACACAUGCGACAAAGUUCUAAUUUUCAAUGUUAUUUUUGUGAAUGUAAUGAAAAAACAUAAUUAUUGAGAAACCAAUGGAAAAAGUUGAGAAAUUUGUAUCUCAUGGUUCUAUAUAGGAAAAAAAACACAGUCUUAAAUUCACACUCAUUUUGCACGGAAUAACAUUGAAAGUUCUAAUUUUUUGUCCAAAUGAAACCGGGUUUCCACUCGCAUAUAUAUCCCAUUAAUUACCAUUUACCGAGAGAAAAAAAAAAACCAACCAAGUUUGCCAAGUGAACUUCACAUUAUUUACGUUUAAGUGAAGAAUCGCUUCUUGUUAAUAUCAUUAAUCGACAAAUACUCCGAACCCUUCGUUUCCUUCUACACGAUUUAUUUUUUUGUUCGUCUUUCGUUUUUCGUUCUCUGUUUUAACAAAAUAUAUUGUUGUGUGUGCUGCUCAACAGUUUAUAUAGCAAAGCUUUCCCUUGAUUUAUACAAUACUUCUCUCUGUGAAUGCAUCGCCCUAAGGACCUAUUUUUUUGUAAGAGAAAAAAAAAUUGGCACAUCUCCCAAUUCUACACUUAUUAACUCCGCACUUCUGUUUCUUCCUUUUAUACAUAUACAUAUAUAUGAGAAAUGCUCUACUGUUUACAGACCAUUUCUGAACGUGAAAUAUCCUACUUUUUCCCCACAAACCAGCUCCCAGCUCCCAUCUAUCCACUCCUUCCUUGUCACUUUUUAAAUGCAACAAGCAAACCGCUAUCAAUAAACAUAAUUGCAUUGAAAAUUAAA